AUUUUUUGUAUAAUUUCUUAUAUAAAUUAUACCUCUUAUAUAUUAAUUUCUCAUAUAUUAAUAUAACAAAAAUAAUACAAACAGUAGAUCACUGGUAAAUAUCUGUACACAAAAUUUUUACUAUAUUCACACAUCUUUAAAGUAGCUGAAUUCAGACAUUUUCAAUUUUAAUAUUUUGAUAACUUAUUCUAAAUCACAGAAUCAAAGUAUUCCAUAGGAAAUUAUGUACUCCAAAUUUGAUAAUUGUGUAGAGCACCCCCUUGGUAUAUUGUGCAAGUGUACAGAUUACCAAGAAAUAUUAAAUAAAUUCACAUCUUAUAAUAUUGGUACAGAACAUUAUUUAAAACCUAAAGUAAAUGUAGAACCAAUUGCUUCAGCAAAAGUUCUGUGGAUAAACAACCGUUUAAAAUUAGAUGAAGAUAUUUCAAAACCAAUACUUCUUUAUCCUCAAGAACAAUCAAAUAUUACUGCUUACAAUGUAGACAAAAUAUGGAUGCCUAUUGUAUCAAAUUUAAUACCUCUAAAAUUGAUAUUUAAACUUUAAACUUUUGAUUCUUAUUUUAUAAUAUUUAUAAUUUAUAU